GGAUGCGGAAAGGGCUAUGAUAUAUUCAUGUUUUCUCUAUAUGGUUUCGAUGUUGUUGGACUCGAAAUUUCUUCGAAGGGGGUGUCUAUCGCAGAGGUGUACGCACGCAAAGAACUACAAUCUCCACAAGCGUACGGUUCCGGGUCUACCAAGUCAAAUAAGUAUGAAAGAGGCUCAGUAUCUUUCAUUCAGGGCGAUUUCUUCCAAUCUUCCUCUACGAAAGGGGAGAAGUUCGACGUUAUUUAUGACGACACUUUCCUUUGUGCUCUUCAUCCAACAAUGCGUGCUCAGUGGGCUUCGCAGAUUGCUGAGCUGUUGAUUCCGGAUGGUCUUCUGGUUUGUUUGGAGUUCCCCCUUUUCAAAGACUCCAGUCUUACGGGCCCUUCAUGGCCAUUGAAGGGCGUUCACUGGAAUUUGUUAGCUGAGGGCGGUGAUGAAAUUUUGUAUCCUCCCACGUCGGAUCAACAGGUGAAAGGUGAAAAUGGGGUCUUCCGAGAGGAAAUGGUAUAUCAAGCCCGAGAGGUCGUAUGA